AUGGUUGGAUACAAGUCCCCAGAGUACGUCGCAACCAAGCGGAUCACAAAGAAGACCGAUGUAUGGAGCCUCGAUGUGCUCAUCUUGGAGAUCCUAACAGGGAAGUUUCCAACCAGCUUUCUGCAACAUGGUAAGGGAAGUGAGGAGGACCUAGCGAGCUGGGUGAACUCGGUGCCUAAAGACGAGUGGUUCACACAGGUGUUCGAUAGGGAAAUGAAUGCAAGCAAGAACUGCGAGGGGGAGAUGUUGAAGCUCUUGAAGCUUGGGUUGGAAUGUUGCGAAGGUGAUGUAGAGAAGAGGUGGGAUUUGAAAGAGGUUGUUGGGAGGAUUGAAGAGUUGAAAGAAGUUGGUAACAGUGGUGGUGGUGGCGGUAGCGGCGGCUGUCCGGAUGUGGAUUUUCUCUCUUCUUCCACUAGUGAAGUUGACAUCACGAAGUUGGCGGUGUGA